GGAAGCACAUUCAUAUCACAGAAAUUUCGACCUCUGCUUCAUAAGCUCAUCUCAAUUCUAAUGAUAUGGCUGCGAUUUUACCCAGCAGCUCUGUAGCUGCCAUUGGGCGUCACUCCCUCUUGCUUCACUUGCCGCCUGCUUCGAGAUGCAGCAUCUAUCUUGUGCUCCAGAGCCAUUGUUUGCGCGAAACUGUCGUUCAUCCGCAGGUUCGGUUUGCUUCAACACAAGUCCGCAAAGUAAUAUCAGUCGGACCAUCGCAUGGGCGUCGAUUACAAAGCCCAACCUUUGCACCGCGCGAACAAGCAGCAUCGCUACAAAACGCACUCUCCGACAACACAGCCUCAUCCAAAGUCGCCUCCAUCAAUCCAUAUGACUUCACAGACAAAAUCAAUCCUCCGUCUACAACUUUGCCUGUACCCAUAAACCUACCGAGUAGACAAUCGAGCACAGGUGCAUUCAGAUACUAUAUUUCGGUAGGCAAGGCAUACUGGGCAUUUUACAAGGCGGGUAUAAAGAAUGUUUGGCGUAAUGCUCAGGAAAGACGGCGUUUGGUGCGCAGGAAGCGCGCAGAGAAGCAUUCUGCACCGCCGUCCAUGCCAGAUACAAAGGAAAACGUGGUGCUUGAUGAGCGUGCGCUAGGGCAGUACGCGAAUUAUCCAUUCACGAGGGCAGAAUUCCAAUUCUUCAUAAGAAGUUGGCGAGAUGCGAAAAAAAUUCCCAUUUUUCUGGUAUUGCUGGGCAUUUUUGGAGAAUACCUACCAUUGGUGGUCAUGGUGUGCACACCCCUGGUACCUUACACUUGUCGUAUACCAAAGCAAGUCCGGAAGGCAAGGGAAACGAUCGAGGAAAGAAGAUCUAGAUCCUUUAGAGGGGAUAUGGGCACUGUUCCGACUCCACUUAAGCGAGGAACGGAUGAAGUGGUUCGAAGCGUUACUGACUUGGACAAAGUGCAGAUUCAGCAUAUUGCGAGGAGUUUAGGCUUGUACUUUAAAUUCUGGGAAUCCCUAGGACCAUUAUGGCCGCCUACGUUUGUUCUAAGAAAACGGGUUGAAAAGAGGCUGCAAUAUCUUGAGCUGGACGAUGCGUUGUUGAAGCGUGAUGGCGGUACAAGGCUUCUGAAAGGAGAGGAAGAGAUCAAGAUCGCUGCUGAGGAUCGAGGGAUUGAUGUUUUGAAUCGGAAACCUCAUGAGCUACACCAGAUACUCGCGGCCUGGGAGCAUGGAGCUGACCAAGGCAAGACUCUGAGUAUGCUGCUUAGCAGACCUUCCGCAUGGAAUGCAGAGGCCUCAAGUUGACUUUGCACCCGUAUGCCUGCUCAUGUGUUACAAUUCGUAGCAGACUGAAGUCACCCGGAAAUGUACAUUAUUUAUUCGCUCGUAAUUCUACCUCUAGGUAUCUACGGUUUGGCUUCUGAUAUAAGCAGGAAGACGCUACAGGGAGUUGAUUCAAAAGCGGUGUAUGGUCGAAAGGAUUGUUCAUUUCCGUGAAGUGCAUUGAGGAAGCUGCUCAUAUCGCUAAACUCCAGAGGUGAUUGGCCAUGGCUGGACACGAGGCCGAAUUGUGCAUUUUGUGGCUAAACCCACCACACAAUCAUCAGCAAAGACUCUGAUCACUUUGCGUGACUCUCAUUGCCUUUCAUAGAUAACGAAAUUGUCUGAUAUCGUGUCCUAUCACGUAGAACAAAAUGCUAGGCCCCAAAGGACUGAUGUGGAUACUAGUAGCUGUGCAGCCACAUUUUAAGUUGUAAUACAGAUCAACAUACCUCCAGGUAGAGUGGGAGGACGAAUCUUUGCAAUUCAUGGUUCGGGCAGCUCAUUGAAGACAUCUUGAACUUACAAAGCAGGGAGAUCUAGCCGUGAAGUCUUUUGGCUUGAAAAAUUCCUCUUGCUACGAUUGCCGGACUACGAGAUCUGCGCUGUUUCCUGGGCUCCUUCUGCGACAGCUUAUGCUGCUGGUUAACACGUUUUCGACAUGUACCUUUCGAGGUAUCUCAUUGAUACCCCCCCCUGAAAGAUGCUCACCUAUUGUCCUGAUUGUCUACGGAGUUGCUCAAUUUGGGGAUGUUCGACUUUCCUAACCUACGAUACUUGUCAUGGUUUGACUUGAAGAAGCAUCUUGUCCAGCAGUCAUAAUGAUGACACAGGUGCUAUGCUCUUAAGCUGCACGCCUAAACUCAAUCAAUUACUAGGCGUAAAAUCAUUAAGCGUUUCUGCCAUUGCCCUUUAUAUACUCUAUUUCGGACAUCUACACGCGCUCCAUAUUGCGUAAAUCAGUCGCUCGACCACUACAAGGUGUUCUUCGAUGCCUUUGUCCAUCAGCGGAUUGGACAUAAAGUUACGAAAAGUUGGACACAUAUUUCCGAUAACAAUGAAGCCUGGAUGAAAGCCUUUGCAACAAUGUGGCGAUUGGGCUUCUCAGAAACGCGGGAUUUCCUCAGAACAACAUGACAAGUGCGAUCAGGGUUUCCCACUUCUCGGUGCAUACUACUUAAAGCCUAGGCCAUUCCAAUCUCUCAUGGGGCGAUAAAAGGUCGCCCCUCACAGGUCUAUUUACCUUGCGCGUAUUGGGACGCUGUAGAACGCCUACGAAAGUAUACUGAACAUUUAUGCGUAAUUUUGAGAAAGAAUGUGCAAACAUUGAGGCACGCCCGGAUCCGCACUUUUUCCCUGAUUAUAGCCCUUUACGAAGACACUUUAGCUUUUACCACCCUCGCAGAACUCUAGAUCAAUAUGGUUUUCCGCAGGUGAAGGAUAUUUCCGGCCAAGACGAAGAUCCAUUAAUCUACAAACAAAUUGGUGGCCCAUUGGAUGAGCGCACAUUGAUUGCGGUUGAUCAUCCUUCGGCUUGGAUACAGGGAUCAUGGUGAGAAAAAGUAUCUCAUAACAUCGUUCCCCACCACUACGUAUCCAAGAUUUGAAGCUGAGCUUACAAACGAACGAAGUGCUCUAGAUUUGCUUCAAAGGACAUUUGAAGAAUCUUGAGAGACGUGCGAGUAGCACACAGGAUGUGAAAGUCGAGCAAAUUGUGGCCCUGGUGCUAGAGCUGGCGCUAACUGGAAUGCUUUCCUUUCAAGGUCAUUGGUCGUUUAGCUUUCUCGAACUUUUCCAAGAAGCGAUUGGAAACGUUACUGUGCAGCAAGGCAAUCUCUUUCGUUCAUUUACGAAGUCAAUGGCUCCUGGAGCCCCUCGCGUCACAAACGGAAAAAAGAGGCAACAGUUCAUCCUGAGUUUUUGAAGCGAAUGACAUUAUUGACGAGCUGAGAAUGUUCGAGCAACUUGUUGGGAGCCAAGUCCAAAUUCUGAAACGCGUUAAUACACCUCUUUGGAGAGUGCAGCAAUCGUAGCUUCUUAUAAGAUAGAGUGACUCAUAUUUAUACUGGAACGGGAGUAUUUACCUGAAAUUGGCCUUAUGAUUGAGAAUGCAGAGCGUACUCAAAAGAGUUUUUUCCACCUUUAGAUUUUCAACAGAAGCAGGAAAACAUCGAACGAA